UCCGCUAUUCUAGUCUGGUUGUGUUUUGACUGUUUAUUGUGGAGCUCUUCUCUUCUCCUGUUCAGCAGUAGUCCGAGUUGAAAGAGGCGGACAAUCAGCGUUUCCCGCUCCGGUAAAAAGAAGAAGCAGGACAAGGAUGGCGUCCGACUCUCCCCGCAGACCGAGCCGCUGUGCCGGGGGAGUUUUGGUCCGAGCUCAAGCUGCUACGGAGCAGUCGUACAUGGAAAGUGUUGUCACCUUCCUGCAGGAUGUGGUCCCACAGGCAUAUACUGGAGCUCCACCUACUGAUGAGAAAGAGAAAAUCAUUUGGGUUCGAUUUGAGAAAGCAGACGUUAAUGACACAGCUCGUAACCCAGAGUUUUUGGAGAUGCACAGCGGCACCUCAGACCCUCCCCUCUGCCUCAUGAUUGGCUACACUGAUGGCAUGCAGAUCUGGAGCAUAUCUUUGGCAGGAGAAGCCCAGGAACUGUUCUCGGUGCGUCAUGGACCUGUUCGAGCUGCUCGGAUUCUUCCUGCUCCUCACAUCAGUCCUCUGAAAGCAGACGGCUUUGCUGAGAAGAGGCCAUUGCUGGGAGUCUGCAAGAGCACAGGGUCUUCAGGGACCAGCCCUUAUUGUUGUGCUGACUUGUAUUCUUUACGGACAGGCGAAAUGGUUAAAUCCAUUCAGUUCAAGACACCAAUCUAUGAGCUCCACUGCAACAAACAUAUUCUUGUGGUGAGCCUUCAAGAGAAAAUUGCAGCCUUUGACAGCUGCACCUUCACCAAGAAGUUCUUCGUUACAAGCUGCUAUCCAUGCCCCGGUCCCUGCCUCAAUCCAAUAGCUCUGGGAAGCCGCUGGCUCGCCUAUGCUGAGAACAAGUUAAUAAGAUGUCACCAGUCUCAUGGAGGAGCCUGUGGCGACAACGCACAGUCCUACACAGCUACAGUGAUCAAUGCUGCUAAAACUUUGAAAACAGGCCUAACAAUGGUGGGCAAAGUUGUGACCCAGCUAGCCGGCACCCUACCGGCAGUCACACCCGACGAAGAGGGAACCCCUCACAGUGCGAGUCGCCGCAGCCCUCCUAGUCCUGGCGUGAUCACCAUCAUUGACACAGACAAUGUUGGCGAAGGACAGGUCCUGGUGAGUGAGGACUCGGACGGAGAGGGAGUGGUGGCUCACUUUCCAGCCCAUGACAAACCCAUAUCCUGCAUGCAAUUCAACCCUAGUGGAAUGCUCCUGGUGACAGCCGACACCCUGGGCCAUGACUUCCAUGUCUUCCAGAUCCUCACCCACCCUUGGGCUUCCUCACAGAGUGCUGUUCACCAUCUCUAUACCCUGCAUCGGGGAGAGACCGAGGCCAAGGUUCAAGACAUGUGCUUUAGUCAAGACAGUCGCUGGGUAGCCAUCAGCACCCUUCGAGGCACCAGCCACGUGUUUCCAAUCAACCCUUAUGGUGGCACACCCUGUGCCCGCACCCACAUGUCCCCGCGGGUGGUGAACCGGAUGUCGCGCUUCCAAAAAAGCGCCGGCCUGGAGGAGAUCGAGCAAGAGCUGAACAGGGCGGCUGCUGUUGGUGGAGGAGGAGCUGGAGGCAUGGGAGGAAGCAGCUGCAUUCUGGGUGGAGGAGGCGGCAUGGGCGGCCGCUGCAGUCCCAUACCUGGCAUGUCCAGCAGCCCCUCAGGGUCUCCACUGCAUGCCAAGCUGAGCAACCAGGAUUCAUACAACAACUUCACCAACAACAACAUGGGGAAUCCUCGGCUCACGCCGCUGCCCAGCCUCACCGUGGUGCUGCCUCUGGCUCAGAUCAAACAGCCCAUGACUCUGGGCACCAUCACCAAGCGCACAGGACCUUACCUCUUUGGGGCGGGAUGUUUUGCCAUUAAAACGCCAUGCAAAGCUAAACCAACCCCCCAGAUCUCUCCGAGCAAGUCCAGUGGAGGAGAGUUCUGCGUUGCUGCUAUCUUUGCCUCGUCCCGCUCCUGGUUCCUCACAAAUCCAAACAUGAAGAGAGAGAAAGAUCAGUCCCGGCAGUCGGUUGUGGACUCACUGUACAUAAUCAGUUGCUAUGGUAAUGUGGUGGAGCAUGUCCUGGAGCCUCGGCCAAUUACCACUGCACAAAAGAUUAGCGACGAGACUCCGCUGGAGCUGAGCACUUCUCCCAGAGCAUGCUGGACCUUAGCCAGGACUCCGCAGUGGAACGAGUUGCAGCCACCUUUCAGCUCCAACCACCCGCUGGUGCUGGCCUCGGAUCUGGUUCAGUACUACCAGUAUCUUCUUGCUGGAAUUCCUCCCAGCAGCCCAGGUCCAAUCACACGUCAUGAGUCAUCCGACAGCUUGGCAUCAGACCACAGUGGUCAAGACGAUGAAGAAUGGCUCUCUCAGGUGGAGAUAGUGACCCAUACUGGCCCCCACCGUCGCCUGUGGAUGGGCCCCCAGUUCCAGUUCAAGACGAUUCACCCAUCAGGUCAGACCACAGUCAUCUCCUCAUCAUCCUCAGUGCUCCAGUCCCACGGCCCCUCCGAUGUACAGCAGCCUCUUUUGGACUUUGACACAGAUGACCUGGAUCUACGCAGUCUUCGAAUCCAGCCAGUACGCUCCGAGCCAGUCAGCAUGCCCGGUUCAUCUCGGCUGCUGACCGACCGCAGAGGACAAACCAACAUCAUGGAUGCCGGCUCAGGUUAUUCCUAAAAAAAGAAGCUCCCUGCUCUACCAAAACCAUUUCAGUUAAUUUUUAUACUUAUGUUUAUACAUCUUCCAAGCAUGCAUCAUAACCUAUGCAUUUCCAUCCAUCCACCCUGUCUCCCUCACUGCCCAGUCAUUGUUUUCUCAUUAGUGUGUGUGAGAAGAGGCCAGGCGGUUGGAGGAGAAGGAGGAGAAGAACAUGACCAGCUUACGACUUGUCUGUCUCUGUUUGUCUGUCUGACUUUCUUUCUGUAGGUAUGGCACUAAAGAUUGAUACACUUUUUAAAAAAGCUUGUCUUUUCUUAAAACAAAAAUAGAAAAAAAUCAAUCUUUUACUUCCAUCUGGAAGUAAACUAACUACUUUAAUUUCUGCUUUAUUUUAACAAGAGGAACGUUUCAGGUUCUUUAAACCAAAAUGGCCUCUUCCUGAGAAACUCCAUCAGCCUUUAACAGAAGACACUGGGCUCAGCUGUCUCUUGUGCUGCAGCACAGUUUUUUUUUUUUUUUUUGCUUUGAACAAACAUUUGCCCUGUAGGCAGAGAAUAAAGCAUGCAUCCUAAUUCCAGCUCAGGAUGAGAUGGAAUGAAUGAGCACAGGAUGGAGGAAAACACUUGUGUCUAAAGGUGGCGGCAGUUCGAUUUCUCUAAUGUAUUUGAUUUGUGGUCAUCAAACUUUUACAAAACCUCACUUAAAAUAGAAGUAGGAUUUCAAAUUCAAGUUAGAGUUCAUGAACAGGCCAUGUACUCUCACUCUGAUUUCUUAUUGCACAUGCUUAAUAUUCUGAUCAAUUAGUUUUUUAGGUUUUUUAUCACUAAUACAUCAUGUCUGAGCAGUAACAGACUGGCACAAUAACAGUCUUUGGUCUUUAAAAUGACUUUGGGAGAAUCACAAAAGAUGUCAGAAGCUUUUAGGAAGGAAACUCCGUUUUCAGUGGUGCUACUUUAAACCAGGAGGUUCAACUUCAUUAACUAACAGGAAACUGAAUGUCUUACAGCAAAGUUAUAUUAUUUUAUCCUGUUGAAAAGUCUCUUUAUCCAUCAUGGAUCCUUCAGAAUCCAAAAUGCUGACAGUUGUUUGGAAAUCUUACAACUAGAGGAAGGUCAGCCUAACUUAGAAUAAAUACCGCUGAUGUUUACAGUUGGUAACUCCAACCCCAACAGGCAUGCUAACUGUACCAAUCACUAAUACAAGAUGCUGAAUGAAGUUUAAAUAUCAACUCUGUAAUCAUGCUGUUUAACUGGAGGGCUGUGUAACACAGACUGCUUACUUGUCAUAAACUAAACAAUGGACUAAAUUAAUGGAUGAUUUAACAAUUCAACAUCAAGCACCAAAUCAGAGCUUUUCCCUAAAAGUUUUAAUGUUGUUCGCAACUGUGAUUUAUGUUAGAAUUAGCUUGUUGAAACCAUGUAGACUUGACAUUGUGUGUUUUUAAAAAAAAAAGUUACUUAGCUGUUUUACUAUACAGCUAAGUAAAAUACAUAUGAUGCAUUUCUAAUUAAGGGUUAUAUUUCUAAACCCUCCUGUCCAAUAGCAGGAGGUUUUAUUGUGAUAGAAUGUCAGUGAUAAAGAAAUACAGUCAUCUGGAACUGUAGGAUGUUUCUGAAGAAAAUAUGUAGAUUUUAAUAAUGGAAAUUAGGAUAGGUUUUUAAUUUAUGCAGUAACUAAAACACAGUUUGUAGAUAUUUAAAUCAUUUCAAGAGAAAUCCUUUCAAAAUAAAUUAACAUAAUUUGCAUCAUAAUUUUCCAAUAUAGAAUCCAUUUGGUGCAUCUACAGUGUCAACCACAAACAGAAUUUUCCUUUUGAAAAAUAUAUCAACUGCAAAAUAUUUCAGGAGACAGUUGAGACAUCAAGUAACAAAAAUGAGUGUAACAGAGUCUUAACCUAACUCUUAUUAGACUCAUUCUGACUUUAAAACAUGAACUUGAUUGUUUUGAGACUAUAAUAAAAAAAAUUAAAAAAGGGAUGACUUAUUUGCUUUAAAUUAGUUUUAACAAAAGCGAGGUAUUUUUCUCCUGCUUUUUUUGUGCAAAGGCAGGACAUUGCUGGAAACAGCAUAUCAUUUCCUAAAUGUUUGGUUUUGUAAUUCAGCUAAAUAUUCCAGUCCCACUGUCUGAGUCAGCUCUCAGGUUCAAUCCCAACUACACAGGUUAGCAUACGGUGAUGUUCUGCCCAUGUACUGACCCUCAGCCAGUGAUGGCUCUGUUGACCAUUACAUUAUCCUUAUGUACUCACUGCUUAACUGUGUAUAGCUGCCAUAUUGUGUGUAUAUAUAAAACGAAUUACACUUGUAAAUAUUGACUGGUUGUUUAUUUGUAUGGUCUUGUGUUUGGUUGAUUAGUAAACACUGAAGGUGUA